AUGGCAGGCCCAGCACCGAUAGUCGAGCUCAUCCCUCAGGUCCAAUCUUACGAUUGGGGUAAGCUGGGGAAGGAUGGCAGCAAGGUCGCCGAGUACUCGAAGCACUUGCCAAACUUUUGUUACGAUCAAGACAAACCAUAUGCUGAACUUUGGAUGGGUACACAUUCCUCCCUACCAUCAAAAUUGAUCGAUGGCAAAUUACUCUCUGACCAUCUUUCGAGUGACCCGGUCCAAUUACUCGGCAAAGAAAUCUCGAACCAGUAUGGUAGCCGCCUACCUUUCCUCUUCAAGGUCCUAGCCAUCGGCAAGGCCCUAUCGAUCCAAGCCCAUCCUGACCGUCAAUUGGCUAUCAAGCUGCACAAGGAGCGGCCCGAUGUCUACAAGGAUGAUAAUCACAAGCCUGAAAUGGCGAUCGCAAUCACCUCCUUUUCUGGAUUUUGCGGUUUCCGGCCUCUCAAUCAAAUAUCGCAGUACCUCGAGAAAGUGCCCGAGUUCGCAGCUGUGAUCGGCCAGGAAACUAGCAGCCGGUUUUUAGAGACCAUCCCAUCCGAUGCAUCCCAGCCUUCGAUAACUAGUUCCACCUCUUCCGAUCAAGCCAGCGUGAAGAAACAUCAGAUUGUCUUGAAAGAGUUGUUUGGAAAGUUGAUGAACGCAUCAACCGAGUUAGUCGCCGACCAGGUCCGAAAACUAGUCAAGAGGCUCGAGGGAGAAGGCGGUCGGGAUAAGCCAUUCGGAACGGACGAAGAAUUGAUCUUACGCUUGAACGACCAGUUUCCUGAUGAUGUCGGCAUCUUUUGUACCUUCGUCUUAAAUGUUGUUCGACUCGAACCAGGCCAAGCUGCGUUUCUCCAAGCCGACGAACCUCACGCUUAUCUCACUGGAGAUAUCGUCGAGUGCAUGGCCUCCUCCGACAAUGUCGUCAGAGCUGGUCUGACACCCAAGCUACGAGACGUGCCGACUUUGACGGACAUGUUGACAUAUUCCUACGGACCCUCUGCGUCCCAAUUGAUGAAGCCCGAUCUUUUCAAGUCUUGCAAACAUACCACGCUGUACGAUCCACCGAUCGAGGAAUUUUCGGUCUUGUUGACUAAGCUAUCUUCAGGUGAACAAGACCAACACCCGCCCAUCAAUGGUCCAAGUAUCCUGAUCGUCACACAAGGAUCCGGAACAAUUUCGGUGGAAGGUCAAGAAGUCACAUCCAAGCACGAGGGUCAAGUUUAUUUUAUUGCUGCUGGAAUGCCGGUCCAAAUCUCUGCUACACAAUCCAGCUUUGUGUCGUAUCGGGCGUUUGUGGAAGUUACUAGCCAGGCCUAA